AGAGGUGACGUCAGUGGUUUAUUCACAGCCGCAUACAAACGGCGUUCCAUAGCAUAGCAGACAUAGGGGUCCCUCCCUACUCCAAGUCCAGAAUUGUGCAGCCGGUGCGUCAACAUGACUUCCACCCUUUGAAUGGAUGUCCUUUUAAAUGUAUAUUUCUGCUGAAUAGUCGACUUGCUGCGUUUUCCGAGGAGGGUAGAGAUUGACCUAACUCAACCAGCAUUCACGGGUGCGGCAUCUGUUUGCCUCCGACAGGCACAGAGCGACCCGGCGCUUCUCCUGUUGUAGCACAGCUGGCUAGCAGGAUCUUGACAGUUGUGAAUUUCCAUCAGCGGCGAAGAUGGCGGACCCGGCCGAGUGCACCAUCAAAGUGAUGUGCCGUUUUAGACCAUUGAACAGUUCAGAGGUGGCAAGAGGGGAUAAAUACAUACCAAAGUUUACAGGGGAGGAUCAAGUGUCUAUCUCGGGUAAACCGUUCAUGUUUGACCGAGUGUUCGGGUCCAAUACGACGCAGGAGCAGAUGUACAAAGCCUCUGCUCAAAAGAUUGUUAAAGAUGUCCUUGAGGGCUACAACGGGACUAUAUUUGCCUUUGGGCAGACAUCGUCUGGAAAAACACACACCAUGGAGGGUAUCCUCCAUGACCCGGAUGGUAUGGGGAUCAUCCCCAGAAUAGUCCAGGACAUCUUCAACUACAUCUACUCAAUGGACGAGAAUCUGGAGUUCCACAUCAAGGUUUCAUAUUUUGAAAUUUACCUGGACAGGAUCAAGGACCUACUGGAUGUAACAAAGAACAACCUGUCUGUACACGAGGAUAAAAACAGGGUGCCCUAUGUCAAGGGGUGUACCGAGCGCUUUGUUUGCAGCCCCGAGGAGGUCAUGGAUACUAUUGACGAGGGCAAAUCCAACCGACACGUGGCCGUCACAAACAUGAAUGAGCACAGCUCCAGAAGUCACAGUAUCUUCCAGAUCAACGUGAAGCAGGAGAACACUGCUACAGAGCAGAAACUCAGCGGCAAGCUCUACCUUGUCGAUCUGGCCGGUAGCGAAAAAGUGGGUAAAACUGGAGCUGAGGGAGCGGUGCUGGAAGAAGCUAAAAACAUCAACAAAUCCCUGUCUGCGCUGGGCAACGUCAUCUCUGCCCUAGCCGAAGGCUCGACCUAUGUCCCUUACAGAGACAGUAAGAUGACCCGUAUCCUGCAGGACUCUCUGGGUGGUAACUGUAGGACCACCAUGGUCAUCUGUGCCUCGCCCUCCGCCUACAACGAGGCUGAGACAAAGUCCACACUGAUGUUCGGACAGCGAGCUAAGACCAUUAAGAACACAGUGUGUCUGAAUGUGGAGCUGACGGCAGAACAGUGGAAGAAAAAGUAUGAAAGAGAGAAGGCGAAGAACACAACCCUGAGGGGCACCGUCACCUGGCUGGAGAACGAACUCAACCGCUGGAGAAAUGGUGAGAGUGUUCCGGUGGAGGAGCAGUUUGACAAGGAGAAGGCUAACGCUGAGGUCCAGGCUCUAGACAACGUGGUGAACAAUGAGAAGAUGGCACCCACACCCAACAUUCCAGGGGUUAAACUGACCGACGCAGAGAAGGAGAAGUGUGAGGCUGAGCUGUCUAAACUCUACAAGCAGCUGGAUGAUAAGGAUGAUGAGAUCAACCAGCAGAGCCAGCUGGCAGAGAAACUAAAGCAGCAGAUGCUGGACCAGGAGGAGCUGUUGGCCUCAUCACGUCGCGACCACGACAACCUGCAGGUAGAGCUGAACCGUCUGCAGUCUGAAAAUGAGGCGUCUAAGGAGGAGGUGAAGGAGGUGCUACAGGCCCUGGAGGAGCUGGCUGUUAACUAUGACCAGAAGAGCCAGGAGGUGGAGGACAAGACUAAGGAGUUUGAGGCUCUCAGCGAGGAGCUUAACCAGAAAUCGAGUAUCCUGGUGUCCAUUGACUCUGAGCUGCAGAAGCUGAAGGAGAUGACCAACCACCAGAAGAAGAGGGUCACUGAGAUGAUGUCAUCGCUGCUCAAAGAUCUGGCUGAGAUCGGCAUCGCUGUGGGCAGCAAUGACAUCAAGCAACAGGAGGGGAGUGGUCUGAUAGACGAGGAGUUCACGGUGGCACGUCUGUACAUCAGUAAGAUGAAGUCGGAGGUGAAGACCAUGGUGAAACGCAGCAAACAGCUGGAGAGCACUCAGGCUGAGAGCAUCGAGAAGAUGGACGAGAAUGAGAAGGAGCUGGCCUCCUGUCAGCUACGCAUCUCCCAGCACGAGGCUAAGAUCAAGUCCCUGACAGAGUACCUUCAGAACGUGGAGCAGAAGAAAAGACAGCUGGAGGAGAACGUAGACUCUUUGAAUGAGGAACUGGUCAAGAUCAGCGCUCAGGAGAAAGUUCAGGCUAUGGAGAAGGAAAAUGAGGUCCAAACUGCCACCGAAGUCAAGGAGGCGGUUGAGCAUCAGAUCCAGUCUCACCGCGAGGCCCAUCAGAAACAGAUCAGCAGCCUGAGAGACGAGCUAGACAACAAGGAGAAACUCAUCACUGAGCUCCAGGAUCUGAACCAGAAGAUCAUGCUGGAACAGGAGCGUCUGCGGGUGGAGCACGAGAAACUCAAAUCCACCGACCAGGACAAGAGCCGCAAGCUGCACGAGCUCACGGUGAUGCAGGACAGGAGAGAGCAGGCCAGACAAGACCUGAAGGGACUGGAGGAGACUGUGGCUAAGGAGCUCCAGACUCUCCACAACCUCAGAAAACUGUUUGUUCAGGACCUGGCUACCAGAGUCAAGAAGAGCGCUGAGAUGGACUCAGAUGAUACAGGGGGCAGUGCUGCUCAGAAACAGAAGAUCUCCUUUCUGGAGAACAACCUGGAACAGCUUACAAAGGUCCACAAACAGCUGGUGCGUGAUAAUGCAGACCUGCGCUGUGAGCUUCCUAAACUGGAGAAGCGUCUGCGUGCUACGGCUGAGCGGGUCAAGGCACUGGAGUCGGCCCUGAAGGAGGCCAAAGAGAACGCCGCACGCGACCGCAAACGCUACCAGCAGGAGGUGGACCGCAUCAAAGAGGCCGUCAGGGCCAAGAACAUGGCCAGGAGGGGCCACUCUGCUCAGAUCGCCAAACCCAUUCGGCCUGGCCAACCCCCUGUGGCGUCUCCCACCCACCCCAAUGUCAACCGGACAGGACUCUUCAACAGCCAGCCCACCGGCAUCAGAGGAGGAGGGGCCAAGCAAUGAGUGGAUAAGAACUUCUGAAGAAGAAGAUAAACAUAAUCACAGUCAGAUGAAGAUUCAAAGAUCACCCACAGGAGCUGGCAUUCCACUUGACAGAACUGUCACAUGGGACAAUUCUUCCAGUAUCAAUGUUUAUUUAUAUAUGUAUAAGAUAUAUAUAUAUAUGUAAGAAAUAGACACAGGCUGUACAGUUCUUUUUCAUGAUUCUUUUUGUUUUCAUGUAUGAAUGAAAUUGGUUUCCUUACAAAACAAAAGAGAACACGGACAGAGAACAAACAAAAUAAAUUAAAUGGUGCAAUCUUGGCGCCUCGCGAAAUGAACAUGUAAUUAAUAAUGCGUAGCUCUUCCAUUUUUUAUCUAUCGCACAGCAGUUUGUCCAUUAAUGUCCUAAAAGUUUGAGUCUGCAUUGUGCCAAGUUUAAAUGUAUGUCGUCGCAGGUUCUCUAAAAACAAAUAACACACUAAAAGGUUGGAAUCCGUUGAGAAGCAUCCUAGCCUGAUUUUUAUGUACAGUAUAUCAUCAAAUUAUCCCUCCUGUCUAGAUCAAUACAGCUUAUUUUAAAGUUUAAAGGUUCAAAAACACACUACUGGCCUCUAUUGUACAGUUAGCAUAAGCACUGAACUGUUUUCUCUUCACUUUGACAUUUGUUUCUUUUGGGGCUACAAUGCUGUGGUAGAGCACAUCUUCACGACCAUGCAAAGGUAGUGCACUAAAUGGGGAGUAGGGUGCCAUUUGAGUCAUUCAGUUUUUAAAGAACUGUGAAGAAUGGCAGACAAAUGCGAAAAAUGUAGAUUUUGUCAUGUAUUACAAAAUUAAGCUGCUUCAAUAUCAUACCUAUGUCCAAGAUAUCCAGUCAAUGUUGAUAUACUGUAUGAUGAAAUUAUAAUGGUCGACGGUUUCUACAAUGGUCUAAGGUUUCUUAGCAAUGUAUGUAUAUCAAUAUUAGCAUAUGCAAGUGACUUGUAUGCCAUUUGGGGAAAAACUGCAAAAAUGCAACACCCAUGUGUACCUCUAUCAAUGAAGAGAAAAGUAUAUCGGUGGAAGGGUUGCUUCUUGGACCACAAAAAGAUUGUUGUAAAUGGUUGACUGAUCAGGUCUAAUCAUGAGUUCUUCCUUUAUUCCUGAUGCAUUUCACAAGUUGAUGAUUUUUGGCACUGUGCCAGCUAUCCCUCCACUGCAUCUAUUAAAUGAAAAUGCUCUAUCUGGAAGAUGACGUUUACACAAAUGUCCUGUAACGAAAUUAAAGAAAUGGGAUGACCUGAUUUUCCAUUGGUCUUUGUGGAAUAGUUUGAGAGACAAGGGGCCAUGAAAUAUUUACCCCUACACUUGAGUUCGACCAAUCAUGAGUUUCAUUAUUUUGAUGUGCGCAAAUUUUGUUUCUGUGCCUACUGCCGAUGCAUAGUUGAUAGUGUGGGCAUACAUUGGAGGGAUUUUCUGUUUUUCCUUUAUUUUUCCAUUUUUUUCUUUGUCUGUGUGCCCAAAUCUGUCAACAUGAGUCGCCGACUAUUCAACAACCCAAAUGUUUCAUAUUCUGACACCACUGCACAGGCUAACGAGGCCGGGCUUGCUUGGGGUGGUGAAUUCGGAUAUGCGGCUACACUCCAAUGUCCAAAAUACACUGCAUUGCUUCAUUCUAAGUAAACUUUUCUCCUAAUUGCGCAUUGGGAUGAAGUGUCUAGUGAAUGAGAUUACAUUCUAAGUGGUAUGCUAAUGCAGAUAUAGGAAUAGAGCCUGUGUCUAAUCCAAGUAGUCAGUCUUCAUCAUGCCAUCCUUCCUGUACUACAGUAGAUGGAUGCCAACUAUGAGUUAUUUACUGCUGUGCUGGCUGUAGGUAGGGUAUGAGGUUUAGACUAUUUGUUUUUUACUUCCUAAAUUAUGUUUUUUGUUUUGUUUACCAUUGUUAUUGAUUUUCUUUUUGUAUCCUCCAUCAGAAAAUGAAAUGAUCCAAAAUAUCUUUCCCAUAAUGUGUAAAACAAACUCUGAUGCAUCUGUAUAGCAAUGACUGUAAUAGUCCAGUGCUGUAAAGACCUGACUAAAGUGAGUGCAAUGUGGAUCAUGUUAUUGAUGAGGCAUUGCUACUGAUCAGUUAUUGUGAGGGAGAUGGAUCUAAAACAAAGUAAAACAUACUAAAAUGAACAAAAGUCUCCUGGCUUUUGGUUUGUCAUUUAUCAUUAUCAGGAUGUGAUCUUUGAAGUUGAAAUUUAACCUAAAGCACUUUUUAAAUGUAUCUUGGAUUAUAACUGUAACCUUCCCUUAAGGAGAUAUUAAAUGCCAUCUGUUUCUUUUCUGCAACAAAAAUAAAACAAGUGAAGCAUC